UCACCCUUAUCCUCUAUUCCUCCAGGCACAAAACGGUGCGUUUUGACAUUUCUCUCUUUCUAUCGGUUUUCUGAUUGUGUCUCAGAGACAAGCGGGAGCGUGAUGAUGAUGAUAUCAGGAGGAGGAAGACGAGGAAGAUCAUCAUCAGCAUCGGGAAAGAGGAUCCAGAGAGAAAUGGCGGAGCUGAACAUGGACCCACCUCCUGACUGCUCCGCUGGGCCCAAGGGCGACAAUCUCUACCACUGGGUCGCUACCAUCGUCGGCCCCCAAGGAACACCAUACGAAGGUGGUAUAUAUUUCCUAGACAUAACAUUUCCAAGUGAUUAUCCUUUCAACCCUCCGAAGGUAGUGUUCAAAACUCGAAUCUACCACUGCAAUGUUGAUACUGCUGGUAAUUUGAGUUUAGACAUCUUAAAGGAUAGUUGGAGUCCAGCUCUUACAAUCACUAAGGUGCUACUUGCAAUCAGAUCAUUUUUCACAAAUCCUGACCCCUCAGAUAAUCCGCUUAUCCCUGGCAUUGCUCGAUUGUACUUGGCAGAUAGAGCUAAACACGAUGAACUUGUUGCAGAGUGGACAAGGCGCUUUGCCAAGUGACUCAGGUGAAACCUGAUGAAGUGCCCUUCGAAUGGCAGAUAUGUUUCUAACAUCUUAACUCAUGGAUAGGAAAAAAAAUGUUUGCAAAUUUCACAUGGCAACCUGCUAAAAUAUUAGUCUAAGCUUCUGACGACCCAGAAUGUUUGAUAAUGGCUGAAAGAGACCUACUGAAUGGCAUGCAACAUGAAAUGUGAAAAAACCUUUUUAAGAAUAUAUGUCAUAAUAUAAUGGUUGGUUGGUUGGU